UGGAAGUUGAGUUGUCAUUUUCAAUAGUUCCCUAUGAACAUUUUGCUGUUUUUGGAAACAAACACCUUCAGACUUGAACAUGUACGGCCCUCCAGUGGAUAUCUCAUUUAAAGAUAUCAGCAGUGUAAUGGGUGCACCGGCGGAAGUACCCAGAAGUGGUCUGCGCCCUUUAAUUACAAACUCCAAGGGGAAAUUCUCGAGCCGCAGUAUGCGUCUCAGUAACAACAACAUCCCUGACCUCGUCGGCCUCCAGUACAUGCUCGGCUACUUUCUGGCCCAACCGUCAAAGCUCGGCUGGCUGGACCUCUCGUUCAACAAAAUCACAUGCAUAGACCCGGUUUUGUGCGAGCUGCGAGAACUGCGUGUCUUGUACCUUCAUGGCAACGCCAUCUGGAACCUGACAGAGGUAGACAGGCUCAGGGAGCUCCCGUAUCUACACAACAUCACGCUUCAUGGAAAUGCCAUAGAAAACAACAGAAACUACAGGAAUCAUGUGAUUUCUGCCCUGCCUCAUUUGAAGAACAUGGAUUUCAGUGCUGUAACUUGUGGGGAGCGAAGCUUGGUAAAUGCCUGGCAUCAAGGCAGCAAACAAGGCAAAAAAAACAAACCGAGUCCCCAGUGACGGUCACCAUUCAAUUAAUCGUUUAUUAAAUGAAUCGAUUUGUUAACCU